AUGCUCCACCGAUCCAACCCGGUUCCACCCAAUCCAAGCCUACAAUCCAUCGAAAGCUCUCUACAAGGCGCUCUUCAGACUCCAAUCACUACGUCUGACUCGUCUCUUUCGCCUAGGCGCGACCGCGAACCCACACAGACCCGUCUUCGUUCACCGUCCUGGGCAGCGCAGGCGGUCCAUGCACACGAAAAGCCUAUAAAGAUGACCGGAAACUCGUCUGGCACCUCUUCCUCGAAUCAAACUGGCAACAGCGGGCGACCCGGUGGCCGAGCUCUCCCCCCACCGCGAUUCCAGCGUAAGCAGCGUCCACCACGCGUCCAGCAAGCGCUCGCUGCAAAUGGGAACGGGUCCAAUAAUACCAAGAAUAACAACGGAGGAGGCUCCUCGUCGCGUCGUGGUGGUGGACGCAAUGCAAACACCCAAUCCACCACUGCCGGCAAUGCUGGAACGCUGACACUGGGACCUGCGAACAACUGGGGAGUUGGAACUGGCAGCGUCGUUAGUCUCAGCAUGGCCGCUGUCAACGCUGCCAGCGCCCGUGGCUCGGUCCUCCACCAAGCAGCCGCUGCCGCUGCGGCAUCGUCAUCACGAUCACUCAUGAACGACAGCCACGGCAUUCCUUUGGCGGAUUCAACCCUAACGGCGACAUCAGAGGUGCACCUAGACCCCGUGCAGCUACACAACAGAAUCACAUUUGGUAUGGGCCAUCCGACAUCGCCUUCUGUUCCUCUCGACGUCUAUCAUCCGGACGCUGCCAUCCAUCAAGGCGCUGUCAGGCCUGGACUCGUCGUCCCCGGCGAACUCUUGCCUUCGACGCAGCUUCCUUCUCUCAACCUUCGGGCCCGUUCACAGUCCCAUCAUGGCGUACAACCUACAUAUCGCCAGCAACAACUCGAAUUUGACCCCGGACUCCUCAACGGGCUUGGCCAUCAAAUAGACCCAGCAGAGUUCGGCGUGCCAGCGCAUUUGCGUAACCGAAGUCGUAGUCUGAUGAACCCUCUGGACGUCUCGCUUCCUGUACAACCAUCUGGGAUCCUGCCAAAUCCCGGCCAGCAACCAGUGGACGACAGCCUGCGAGCCGUGACGAAUGAAUUGAGCACGACCCUCCGUUUGACGCAGCAAACAGAGAAGAAACCACUCAAGGGUGUGCUCAAAGUCCGCAAGUCGACCCCUGAAUUCGAGGGCCACCUUUCGACCACGCUCCCGAUACCCCCAGUGCCCCAUACUCAAAAUGUUGAUGCUACCACGGCAUCCGCACUGAGCGACCUCGACUAUUACGGCUUCUCGUCCACCCGAGCUUCGCCACCCGAUCCAUCACUCACUCUACCCGACAACCUUCAGGCAGAGUACGCGCAGCAGCUCAAGCUUCUACAGCAAGAAUAUGCGAUCAAGGCUGCAAAAGCUGAGCGAACUCGUCAACGAAGCCUUGAACGUUCUCGUACCCCGGGCUCGGCGAGCCGCACAGCCCCCAUGGUCGAGAAGAGUGUAUCUUCGGCCUCGCCAAAGGGAGUUUCAUUCCACGAUCAAGUUCAGGUCAUGGAGCCGGUGCAGCAAAGCCGCAUGCAGCCCGGUGAUGUCCGAGCGAGCUACCACUCGUGGACAGACCAGUGGAAUCCUAUGCCACCGAUGCCAGCCUAUGCCCGAGGUGAAGACGAGAGCUCUUCCAGUUUGGAGGUCGACUCUGAAGCAGAGAUUGGGAGUAAUGUCGGCGAUCGAGGUCACGACGACCAUUUCAAGGACCUCCACGAGGAAUAUCCACCAGCUUCCCCUGCCCAGCACGAAUGGUCAUCGCCUUCCAACUCUUCCUCUGCUGCCCCUCUUCCAUCUCCUUCUGGCGCUAUAUCUCAUGGCACCGAGUCUCCUGCCACUGAGUCUAUCCCCACAUUCGAUGUUUUGCCGUCAAUUCAGGUCGAGGUCAUUGCACCUACCCCUGAGGUAAACCCUGUAGAGCUUGCGACAGUCGACGAGCACGUUCCUCGACCGUUAGCGGACGGUGCCCAUCCAGACAUUCAAGAGGUUGUUGCUUCUACCCCAGAGGAGCCCGUCAUCGCUCAGCAGGCAUCACCACGUACCAGUGCCGAAAGCUCCGGGUCUAGCGACUCCAACAAGACUGUUCUUCGCAUUGAGCCGACUUUGUCAGAAGUCGCGGCGUCGACGGCGCAAGCAUCCGUUUCAAACGCGCACAAAGUAGCCGCCAGCUCAGUCAGUCGCAUUCAGACUCCAACAUCAGAGCGGGCUCAAGCCUCCGCCGACGAUGUCAGCCUUGCGCACAAUAUGCCACACUCGAUCACUCCAGGUGUCCAGAGAACGGAAGUACGUGAUACCCGGCAAACCCGCAGUGCUAUCCCUCCAAUCUCGACGAAUUCCCCAUUCGCCCGCCAGUCGCCCCAGCUGCAAACCUCCGUCUUUGCGCCAGUCUCUAUGCUCCCGGACGUGGCUAGCCCCACAGACUCGCAUUCCAACUCUGUGCAGAGCUUUAGCGACGAACCGCAGCGCUGGGAUCUAGAGGAGCGGACUCGCCUCUCAUCCAUUCCUAGCGUCUCUUCCUUGUCGUCUGGCAUCAUGGGACAUGACCGCCUUAUGGAGUCUCCACGAGUGGCUGCUGUCGGUCAAGGUCGACUCGACUCCCUGCGGCAACGAAGUAUGUCGGCACUCAGCCCGCCGUCGAUGAGUGGUGGCCCUGCGUCUCGGAGCUCUCAUUCUAGCAGCCACGCUCAUGAUGAUGCCUCUCUUAGAUAUCUUCGUGGACGCGCAGGUCCUCGCUCUGUUCUCUCUGCCAACGAAUUGAGCUCUUCUGCCUCUGUGGAGAGUGGUAGCUCUCACGCUGCUAGCGGGGCAAGUCACCUCGGUCGGAGUUAUGAGCGUUCCAACGCAGGCUCUCUGCUUUCGCACUCAUCUAGUGGCUACGGACUCCAAGACAGUCGUGGAAGAGCCGGCUCUACGGCCAGUCGUCGCUCAAAUCUCUCCGACGCUAUGCCUAUUACCGCUGCGCCGGCUGGCGGCGGUAUGCCUCUAGCCACGCUAGAUACACAACGCCCUCAUCAGCCUCUUGUGCCCAAUAUGCCCAGUCUCGACUCGAUCAGCAACACGGGUGGACGAGCUAGCGGGAAUGUUGGUAGCGGGCUGCCUGCUACGCGUCGCGGAUUAGGCGGUGACAGUAUCUGGACUCUGGGCAAGGAAGAAGAGGCGAAAUGGUCUGCACCUCCCUCCUUGGGUGGCCAAUCGACUGCUCCAUUGGUCCAACAAACGUAUCAGUAUGGCCCCAAAUCGUUUGUGCCAGAGCCGCCUACAUCCGCGAUGCCUCGCUCACGCGUAGACUCCCAAGCCCUUGGACACGAGUACGGCGUACCGGUGGAAUUCCCAGAGAUACAGCAUCCUUAUAAUCCAGUGGAUCGACUGCCCGCUCGAAAUGCUCCGAUCCCCAGCACAAUGCUCUCGAGACACGAUCCAAUAGGCUACAAAGACUAUGAGCCCCGCUCAAAUCUUCAGAUCCCCUACGAGAGGCACGCGCAGUUGGAAUUCCCAGAGAUGCCAGCUGGCUACGGACCGUCUCUUUCUUCGCCAGCGUUCACUCACUACGACGAAGAGCCGGUAUCGGGACAGAUAAGCGUCAUGUUAAGCCCACACGAGCUCGAGCAGCUUCGCGCGUUGCGCAUGGCGCAGGUGCGCGCACAAGCGGCGCCCUAUGCCCCACCGCCAUCGUCAUCUUUGCAUAAUCAGAAACGCCUUCCCACCCAAGCCUCGACUCGCUCCUUGCCAACGAUGGGAAGCAGCGUCCCGCCGCAGUACCAAGUCCAACCAAUGCCGGCGUUUGUCCCAGAUGUAGCAUCUGGACGCCCGUCCUCGGCUUCACGACCCUCUACGGCGCUCACUGGCAAGUCGUCGCACUCUGGUGAAAGUGGCGAAACAAUUGGCGGUCGGCGUAGCGUUGUCACCUUACCCGCAUCUGGAGGCGUCUUCCCCCGAUAUCAAGAGUUUACCACCCCAUAUCCGGAUGCUUCUGUUCGCCCCGGAAGCAGCAGCGGCCGUUUCAAGUCUUUGUUCAAAAGUCGCGAUUCUCGCGUUUUCAAGUGA